AGCAUCUCUUCUCGUCUUCUUCUGGACUGGUACCCCCCUCUACGAGGGUUUGCCUCCUUGUCUACCCCAUCUACAGUCUGUAACUACAAAGUCCGUUAUGUGGUCUUCUGAUGCUCGCUGUUUCUCGCAGACAAUUCACCACCAUUAUUUUUUUAUAGAUUAUGUAGCGCGCAUUUUUAUGAAUUUGUUGGCUUGAAUCUCAGUGUAAAGAUUUGUGAGUCGUUGCAUUGAAGAUGAUGAAUUCGAUUUUGCGUUUCUAUGUCAUAUUUGAAUUGUCAACUAUUACGAAGCAGCUUACAGUGAUCAGACAUGUAUAUAGAUAUCCAUAAGUAGUAACUCACUGCGAAGAACGAUACUUGCUUGGGAGUGGCGUGACGCGGCAGCGACAGGAUGUACUGCUGCCAGAAAGUAUAAGCUAUGAAGAAAGUCGUUUUAGGCUUGACGGUACAGGUCACACUGCGGAUGGCGAUUCAACACCUAACCUAACCAAACCUUUGAUCACUCCUUGGCGGAGAGCGGAAAGAAACGCACUUGACUUUUACGUGCUCAUCCUGCCGCCGCAACAUGACUUUUACGUGCGAUACGGACAAGGACAUCAAGAACAAGGAGGCCACAUCGCGACAACAUGUUGAUGAACGGCCAUGCCAGUCUGGAUUUGCAACUCGUUUCCCUUCCAAAGCAGAAGUUGGCACUAUGCUUCUCGCCGCUUUGGAAAAGCUGGCGCACUUGUAUUCGGUGUGGGUCCUUUUCGGCGUGAUCGCCUUCGUCACGCACCUGGGUGAAGAUAUUCCCGAACUUGCAUUUUUAUUUCCCGGCGGUGCCGGUGGUGGGAAUGUCCACUUUGUGGAGAAGAUGCGAGAUGGUCAACAAGGCGCGAGGUCGAUGAACAUUGCGACGAGCAGCGUCAGCCGAUCUUCUUUUUGGGGCAGGAAAAUACUAGAGUACCUCACCCACAAUGUCCCACUUGCGGCUACCUUUGUCAUUCCACAUACGGGGUUGCCAAUCCUUUACCGUUUGGCAAAUACGAAAGGUAGCUGGCUGUGUUGCAACAGGAAUUUACCUAUUUCGAAAACAACAUUCUUGUUUUGGUACAACCUUCAUUCGGCGGCGAGCCUUCACUUUCUUUUGGCCUUCUAUCGUGGCAUUGACAGCAGCCUACUCUUAUGGCUCAAUACAUAGUUCAUUUCUACGAAUCAUUUUUCUCUCUUUUCUUCUUGGGAUAGAUGCUGAAGAUGAAAUGAUAUCACCAAGAAAUGAACUAUGUUUUAAGCUCGCACUUUGUGCGAGAUCUCUUGUAUCUAAUACUCGUGGAUCUGUCCACGGUCAUGCUCGGGCGAACCCACUUUACUUUGGUUUUGCCAGUGAUUGUCGUGGCGUACGCGCUUUUCCUGAGCGACGGAAUAGGGCGGAGGAUGCUCUUUCCUCGGAUCGUGACACGCUCAGUACUAAAAAUAGACCACGUCGACGAACAGAAUAAUUUACUAAACGACGAUGACAAGCAAGAACGUCAGCAACACGACCAUGAUAGAGGUAGGAGAUUCUCGUCAGUAUCAGGCGAGCAAAAUGCGUGCUGGAAAAGCAGAGAACAAGAAGAUACUCAUCUGGACAAAACAUGCCAGCAAGCUUGCGUGUCGAAAACGUCAGUGGGUUCGACAUGUUCAAUUUAUGACGAACCUGACUCCGGGUCAUCUGCGAAAAAAACAAAUUCAGAUGCUCAUACGUCGGAUGAAGACGUAAAAGAGAAAAAGAAUUUUUCAAACGAUCGUUUUCACCACAACGGAACUGUACCGCCAAAUCGUUUGACGUCUUCGUGUCCGCUAAGCGUGGUUCGCCAGCUUCUUACGAACAGUUUGAGUCAAAAACGAGUUGAUCGCGAUGACGUUACUGCGGUGGUCACGAACAGCCAUAUCAGGGGCACUCACAUAUUGCACGAUGACGCUACCACGGUUUUACAACAAACAAGAAAUGAUAGCACAUUUUCGCUCCGUCGAACGGAAUUGGUGUCAAAGCAGCUAUGCCGUCAAGGAAACGGAACCUCGCCGACUAUUCUUUCAAGGAGACAAGAAGAUUCAAGCGACAACUCAUCGCCAAAAUUUAUCUUGUGUCAGGGAAAGACUCCGAACGAGGAGACAAAGGCAUCAAGUACAUCUGCUUUUUCAAUUAGGACUUCAGCCAUCACAAGAACAUCAAGUACCUCACAAGCCACAUGUUCGUCACAAUCGCGGAGGGGGAAUUUGGAUAUCAUCACAGCGAUGGCAACUGCGGUUACGCAAAGUCGGUUCGGAGUGCUGGGUUUCAUUUUGUUCAGUGGCCUUUCGAUCAUCCCCCUACGCUUCUCGUUGGAUGACUUAA